AUGGCAGAGACCGAGAAAAAGAAAAAGAAGAAGGCGGGGGAAGAGCUGUACAUAAAGCCGGAAGAGACUCAGAAGCCGAUUGACACGUCUAAGUGGCCGCUGCUGCUCAAGAACUACUCGAAGCUGCUGGUCAGGACGGGUCACUACACUCCCUUGCCCUUCGGAUGCUCACCGAUGACACGGCCGCUAGACGCUUACCUGCUCUACGGCAUUCUCAACUUGGACAAGCCUGUGAACCCUUCUAGCCAUGAGGUGGUCUCCUGGAUUAAGCGGAUUAUGAACUGCGAGAAGACCGGACACUCGGGCACUUUGGAUCCCAAGGUUUCCGGAUGCCUUCUCGUGUGCUUAAACCGAGCAACGCGCCUCGUGAAAGCCCAGCAGUCAGCGGGCAAAGAGUACAUUGCUGUAGUUCGAUUCCAUUCUGACGUUGGCAGUGCGUCGAAGGUCCAGAAGGCCUUGGACGAACUGACCGGAGCAUGUUUUCAGAGGCCUCCGGUAAUUUCGGCGGUGAAAAGGCAGCUGCGCGUUCGUACCAUCUACGAGGCAAAGCUGCUUGAGUACAAUGCGAAAAGACAGAUGGCAGUUGUUUGGGCCUCCUGCGAGGCCGGAACCUACAUUAGAACUCUUUGCGUUCAUCUCGGCUUCAUGUUGGGUGUUGGCGCCCACAUGCAGGAGCUGCGGCGAAAUAGGUCUGGCGUCCUGGACGAACAUAAAUACAUGUCCACGAUGCAUGACGUCCUAGACGCGCAGUACAUGUACAACAACAUGAGAGACGAAAAGUACUUGCGUCGAAUCGUUAUGCCCUUGGAGCUCAUUCUCACAAACUACCCGCGAAUCGUCGUCAAGGACAGCGCCGUCAACGCCAUUUGUUACGGGGCGCAGCUCAUGAUCCCAGGGGUGCUGCGGUUCGAGCAAGAGAUUGAGGUCGGCUCGGAAAUAGUCAUGAUGACAACGAAGGGAGAGGCCAUCGCGACUGGGAUUGCCCAGAUGACUACGGCAGUCAUCGCUUCCGUGGACCAUGGUGUUGUAGCGGUGAUAAAGCGCGUCAUCAUGGAGCGGGACACAUACAACAUGCGAUGGGGCUAUGGCCCUCGUUCAAGUGAUAAGAAGAAGCUCAUCCUGGCGGGAAAGCUGACAGAAAAGGGCAAGCCUAACGAGAACACACCGAAGGCAUGGCUCUUGGGCCAAGGAAGGUGGAGCUACCUUCCGAAGCUCACAAGCGAAGAAGCUCAGGCGGAGAUGGACGAAGCGCUAAAAGCCGCAGCCAAAGCUGGCAAGAAAAAGCGCGCAGCAGAGGCCGGUGAUGUGCGGCCAUUCAGGUCCGAGAGCAGUCCAGUUUUCAUGAUGCAACGCGAAGAAUGUUUGGACAUGGACGGCGGUACUGCUGCAGCGGAUGCGACGGCUGCGAAACUUCAUAGUUGUUCAGCUGACGCGGCUGUGCGAAGAGAUGACCAUCUGCGAUCGUUUAUUCAGGAAGAGUUUGGCAAGCAGGCUGAUCUGCUUCAGGAAUUGUCUUCUCAAAUCAGGUCUGCAGUGGUUCUAGGUGUGGCACAGCGUGGACAUGCGCGGGAGUUUUCCUUUGCGCAUCGCCCAUCUCCCUCGGCUAAGAAAGCCCCCAAAGCUGCUGGCGACGAUCCGCGUCUUGAUGAUUCUGACACACAUGCCAAGACUAGCGCUGAAGGCAAGAGGGAGCACCACAAGGAUCACAACAAGUUCUACGAGCCAGGCGACCCAUUCUGGGACAACGAGUUGCAGACGAGACUGAAUGAGCAUCAGAGAAAGGCCUUCGCGAAAGCCAAGUCUGCCACGAUGAACUCCUCGGGCCACCACGAGUCUAAACCACAACCAGGAUUCUUGAGUGGUAUUGCGCACACCAUUGUCUCUUCUAGCAUCUUCCAGGCGGGCAUCAUGCUUCUCAUCCUGAUCAACCUCGUACUGCUGGGAGUUGAGGUCGAUGUAGCUUCCACCUUGCCACCUGGUGAAGAGCCCCCGUGGUUUCAAACGGUGAACGUGAUUAUCGUUCUAAUUUUCGUCGCCGAGAUUGUCUUGAAGUUCGUCGCACACGGAUGCAGAGACUUCUUCUGCGGUCCGGAUAGGUGGUGGAAUAAUUUCGAUUUGGCAAUUAUUGCUGCGUCCGUCUUCGAGACUGCAAUGGAGCUCAUUGCAUCUGCAAUAUCUGUGGGCAGCGUGGAUUCAAGCCAUUUGCGAAUAAUGCGCUUCGUGCGCCUGGGUCGAGCUCUUCGUGGAGUCCGUGUCAUGCGACUGCUUCGCUUCAUUUCCGCUCUUCGGUCGAUCGUUUUUGCGAUUCUGAGCACCUUGUGGUCGCUGGUUUGGACCCUGGUUCUGCUGAUUCUGCUGUUCUACUGCUUCGGUGUCAUCCUUGCCCAGCUCGUGUCUGACCACUGUCGAUACCAGGAUCCGUCAGAGGAGUGCUCACCAGUGCUACGAAGGUUCUGGUCCAGCGUCCCGGAGAGCAUGCUCACAUUAUUCAUGUCCAUAACUGGUGGCCUGAGCUGGGUUGAAGCGUUGGAGCCGCUGCGAGAUGCCACUCCGAUUGCGGCGGCCUUCAUGCUCUUAUACAUAUUUAUAACGAUUUUCGCCAUUCUCAAUGUGGUGACUGGAGUUUUCUGCAACAAUGCCAUCGAGAGCGCAAAGGCUGAUAAGGAGAUCGCCAUCAUGAAGCAAAUGAGCUGGCAUCAAAGCCAGCUGCGCACUCUGAAAGGAGUGUUCCGAGAGAUCGACGCAGACACCUCGAACAUGAUCACCUUUCUCGAGCUGGAGGAGGCGCUAUCGCAAAAAAAGCUUUCGAGCUUUAUGGAAUCGAUGGACAUCUCCACACAGGACAUCUGGACACUUUUCAUGGUGUUGGAUGCGGACGAAAGCGGUGAAAUUUCGCUUGAGGAGUUUGUGGAAGGCUGCAUGCAGCUGCAAGGUCCAGCGCAAAGCGUGCAGCUUGCGAGAAUGAGAUACGAAACCAAGAUCACUCGACAGGAAAUCAAGAGAGUGUUCGACGAAAUCCAAGAGUUGGGAACCAUGCUGCAGGGUUGCUGA